AGAAAUUGUAUUUGUUUGUUUUGCUUUUGAAAUUGUGAUUGGUUUUGCUUUGUCAGUUACAUACAGAUUGUACGGAUACCGAAUAUUUUACAGAUUUGUUUUAUGUGAUAAUACGCCGCAAUGGAAAACGAGAAACCCACUAAAGUGUCAAGAACAAAACUUAGCUUGCUAAGACAAAAACCUCUUGAGGUUUCUACUGAAAAAUCACCGUUGUUGGAUGUUGAAAGAAUUUGUGAAACGCCGGUUACAUCAGCACGAAACGACAACCCAAAGUCGAUAUUUUCUGUUUCGAACAACAACGAUAGACAAGUAGUGAAACUACAACGAGGUUUGUUGAAUAGUAAGUGGACGUCAUCUCAAUCUAUGGAAGAACCAACCAAUGCGUUUGAAGUCAAACCUCCGUUGGCUGCCCAACCUAACAAUGAAACACCAACGCAAGACACACCGAUAUUAAACCCGCCAUCCAAAGCGAAGUCACACGACGAGUAUACGAAAGGCAUCCUUGCUGCUCUGUUGGGUGCUGGGGUAAUGUAUGGGUUGACAGGAGUGUUUGUACGUUUGGCAGGUGAUCAUGGGGUGGGAUCUAUUGAGACUCUACUUGUUAGAAGUAUGGUUCAGUUUCUUUUAUUUGGCUCGUUGAUUGGAGCUCACAAGAUAUCGUAUCGGCCACCAGAGGGCAGAGUGUGGUAUUGUGUUUUAAUCGCAGUGAUGUACAGCCUUGCCACCAUUUGUUCAUUUGAAGCUUUCAACGUCAUUCCACCUGGUAACGCAAUUGCAACACGAGGGGCUUCAAGGACAAUAUUUGCUGUGGUUUUAACUUUCCUUAUCACACGGGAGAAGAUCCAAAUAAGAGAUGGGGCCGCCGUAUUAAUAUGUAUGAGUGGGAUCGCAAUGAUAAUAGCUUCCAGUUUGACAUCAAAUGAAAAAGAUUACGUAGUUCCUCAUGGGAUGUCAGAUAACAAGGUCUUAGUGAACGUGUAUGGAUACAUACUUAUUGUGGUUGCUGGCAUUACACGAAGUCUCGGCAUGAUCACGGUGCGGAAAGUAAAAGGCGAAGUUCAUUCGUUCUCGGUUGUUCUGUAUCACUCAAGUUUAACUUUCUUAAUAUCCAUCGGUCUAAUGUUCGUUCGUCCGUUCCCAUGGCCACCAAGCGCAGCAGGGAUCGGUUACAUGGUGGCUGUGUGUGCGACGUCAUCCGUGGCAACCUGGUCAUCCAACUAUGCUGUUCAACUUAUACACCCUGGGUUGGCGGCGCUUGCCCAGAACGCCGACCUUGUAGUUAGUAUCACCUUGGAACAUACAAUCUUACAAGUGGCCCCUCAGCUGCUGGAAAUAUUGGGCGCUCUGCUUAUUUUGUUUGGUGUGUCUGGACUCACGUUUUUAAAAUGGAGGGAAAGCAAAAAGGAAGCAGAGUUAGGAGAUGAAACAUAGACUUUUUCUAAGAAUGUAAAAAUAUUUUUCUAUCAUGAUGUGUCGUGUUUUGUUGUUUGUUUUUCACUUCAAGUCUUUCUUGGUCGUCCAAUAUGGUUUACCCGCAAUCUAAAUAAACCAUUUCAAACUCUGUGAA